CUCAAUGAUUGACUCAGGUGACCUAAAAAUAGUUCGAUUUUGAGUCAUUUUAAUAUAAUAGCUUCCUGUCUUAGUUAAAGAAUGUAUGAAACAACCCAAAUACUACACGGUAUUUAAAAAAGAUAAAAAUGCCCUUUAUUUAUACGGGAUAACACGGUAAGUUAACAGAAACUAGUUCAAAUUGUGGACCUAAAAACGUAUUUACAGACAGCAAUUAUAUUUAGACAUGUAGAUAAUCGAAAAUCGAGUAAGAGAAUUUUUUAGGUUUUCUGGUCAAUACCUAAUAUAAAUUCUCCGAUCUAGAUUUUUGAGAGGAUUAAUUAAUUACCCAAUGUCUUGGAUGGCGGGUUCUUUGUAAUAAUUAAGCACAUCAACAUGCAGCUCUUUUGGGGGAUAUGCACCACGCUGGUUUUAAAUCUCGGAUUUGUUGAACUAGAGGACAGUGAUAUUUUGGGGAUUUUAGACGAAUCGUGUCGGUUUGAGAUCCACACCAGUCUGUUGCCAUGGGACAAGGCGUACCAGGCCUGUAAACACCGUGGUCUCACACUGGCAAGCUUCGGGCACACGUCUGCUUUCAGCACCAUGAGGAGCUUUAUUGAAGACGCUCAAAACGUUUAUUCAUCAAGAAUCAGCGGGCUAAAGAGCAGUAAUUACUGGGUGGGUCUACACAUGGAGUCCAGCGCCGGCGGAUCCGCCGAGUUUCACUGGGGUGACUGUGUCCCUAACACCGAUGUCACCAGCGAUUUUAAUAGUCUGACUUACUCUGAGGACACCGCUUGUGGUUACGUCAUAUCAGACUCCCUCAGGUUAACAGCAUGUUCUAGCACAGUAUCAAUGGGAUUCAUUUGCGAAAAUCCAAACGGCAUGGAUUCCUGUUUCACAAAGGCAUCCACAACUAUGUUCUCAAUGGGUUACGAGAGUAAAACUGCACUGACGUCAUCUAAUUGUGCCUCGGAAUGCCUCACGUCAGACAAUUGCGGGGCAAUUUACGUCACUGCCGGCGACUCCUGCUCCAUUUUGCGCUAUAAAACAGACCUGUCUAGCAGCAUGUCGGCAUCUCAUCUAGUGUCGACUCACUAUUACCCUCGACGGUUCCUUUAUAAUGGACCAUACAGUUACUCCUAUAUUGUCGAUCCAACUGAAGACGAGCUGUGCAAUCUCCCGCUAGUUUCACGUAUUGUUACGACAACAAUCACUGACAUCACAACGACAGAGAGCAUUGUCCCAACAACAACAACAGAAAUUACUACAGAACCAAUUGACACCUCGCAGCCCACUGAAGAAAUAACGACAGAUGACGUCACAACACAAGCACCAGAAGAGACCACAGAAAAUGACGUCACAACACAAGCACCUGAAGAGACCACAGAAAAUGAUGUCACAACACAAGCAAUCGUAGAGACAACGGUUGACGGGGUGUCAACAACUGCACAGAUUUCGGUUUACAAUUUUUCUUCAUGUGUCUGCGUGUGUGUAGAAAAAAAUAUAACAUUGGAGGAAAAAAUUGAACAAAUGGUUUCAGAGUUGAAAGUAGACACUUCAGUUCUUUCAUCAACUAUCAGAGAAAAGGCUUGUGCUGAAGAUCCACGACCUAGUGCGAGAAAUGUUGGAAUUCUGGGAAUUGCGAUAUUUACUGUUCUGUUUGGUUUCAUAAUAUCUUUGGAUUUUAUUCGAUUCUUUCAGGCAGCUGAGCGAUAUAUUGCAAAACAAGAGCACGGAUCAGACUCCGAUAAAAGUGGUUAAGGUGGUUAUACCCGCAUGACUUAUUAAACUUGUGGUGUUAGAAUUUUGAAAAUAUACACAUCAUUAUUCAUAACAGAGGCAGUAUUACCUGGGUAGUGAAAUACCAUUAGAAAAAGUAUGCCGGUAACGUUUGGACGAUCACUGUUGUGGUUUUAAUUAUCAACGUUAACGUUUGAUUAAAUGAAAGCAAUAACAAUACGUUGUAUGCUAGAAUGGACUGAUUUGAGUCAGUUCAAGUUAAGAAAUGGACAAUGUCAUGUGUAGUCACUUAAAAUGCGUUUAAGUGAAUUUAGAAAAAAAAACACAAAAACGGUUAUAUAACAAUGAAAACGCUGAAAUAUAUAUAAGUUUUAGCCUUAAACGAAGUUUACUCACAAUGAAAAAAAAUCUGAUGAUACCGGAAAACAACUGUAUGAUAUAGACUUAUUUGCCGUGUUAUUUUUCACUUUCGAAAAAUAUAUAUUUCUCCUACAAAAACCCAACAACAAAGUCAUGUUUGGCAUUUUGAUUUUUUGUGUGAA